CGACGUGUCUAGCAUUAUGGUCUAAAAGAUCACGAGCUAAACUUCGUCUUAGCAUUCAGAAAUCAAGUGGGAACAAUGUCCACGUUGAGCGGAGGAACUUUGCGGAGUGAAAGAGGAGCCCCCACGUCGCCGACACUGGACUGAGUGCAAAUUAAUGCACGCUAAGGUUGUUCUCCACAGACUAGAAGAUCCAUAUGUCAGCCAAGCCCAUUAUCCUGAGCACCCGGAGUCUGCACGCAUCAAGGACGAGGAGGAAGGGUCCCCAUCCAUUAAGGAUGAAGAAGAGUUCGUAUACAUUAAAGGUUUCAGAGGAUAUCUUGGUGCUGAGCGGCAGGAGCCAGAAUCUCCUGGCGUUAAAGAGGAUGUUGAGCUCCCUCAAAUCAAAGAGGAGGAGGAGCCAGAGCCCUGUCAACAGAAGCAACUUCCAAUCAAAAAGGAGGAGGAAGAGGAGAAGCAUAUCACUAGGUCAAAUGGUGAGCCCUUGAAGAGUGAAGAUGGUCCAAGUGAGGCUGGCAGAGGGGCGGAGCCUCCAAGCGGCUGCAGCAGCAGCUCAACAGAAGGAUUGCAGGCAGACAUUUUCAUCACUCCGUCAAACAGAAGUGGCACCACAUCACACUCACCUUACAAUGAUGAUGGUCAUCAGAACUCUCGCAGUGACGACAAACUCUCUCGCAAAUGCUCUCAGUGUGGGAAAACCUUUCCUACCAAGCAAACUUGUCAUUCGUAUAGACCCUACUCACGUGACGUCACAGCCACGCCCCCGCGCCAUGAUGUCCGCAUACUCGCCAUAGAAAUGCAUUAGCGCUUCGUAAAUUCUUCCUAUUAUUGCACGUUUUACUGCUCGUCAACAUUAAUACUCAAAAUGGUGAAGUCGUGUGUGGCGGUCGGUUGCAAAAACAGAGAAGAUAGACGGAGAGACUUGAAUUUUUACCGUAUUCCGAGAGACACGAAGAGGAGGCCGCGAUUGACUGCUGCAAUUCGACGAGACAACUGGGCUCCAAACGACUACCACAGAUUAUGUAGUAGUCAUUUUAUAUCUGGUAAGAUGCAUUUAAUAUAUAUUUAGAGGGUUUCGGGCUGACAACCACAAUUAAGAUCAUUGCUAGGCUAAUCGCCGACAACAUACACGUAUGUAUGUAGUUAGUGCUAUCGCUAAACCAUAUAAACAUUAAAAGCCCUAGCUCCAUUGACAAAUGACAUGAAAUACAUUAGACUUGACAGUGGAUGUUAGCAAGAACAAAAGAUUUUCAAUUGAAAAUUUCGUAACUCACCUUCCGAGCACAAGAUUCCUGCCGAAUUUUCGUGUACGAGGACGUGUUUCACCUAACCAGCAACGUAGCAUUUAUAAGCCUCCAAGCUCUUAAAGUUUUUCAAACUUUCGUGAGAAUAGGCUGAUUUUGUGUGGGUAUCAGAUGUCAGGCGAAGCCAGCGGGUCGAAAAACAUCGAUUUAGGCAUCAAAUACGGAUCUGGCGAAUGGAUAAACUGAAGCUUUUCCACGUAACGCCUUUUAUGCAACGGAUCCAAUGAGUUUACAGCGUCAGAUAACACCGGGGCUUCCAUGAAUUGCUCUAUAACUUGCUCGACUAAUAGAAAACAAUGAGAAUAGGUCUGAAAAAGAGGUACAAUAUGGCGGCCGGAAACAGCGACACGCCCAUUUUGUGACGUAGGUGAGUAGGGUCUAUAUGAGGAAGCACACUGUCGAAAAGCCUUUUUCCUGCUCAGUUUGUGGUCAAAGAUUCGCUCAAAAGCAAUUCUUGAAAGUCCACAAUAGAACCCACACUGUUGAAAAACCUUUUUUCUGCUCAGUUUGUGGUCAAAGAUUCGCUCAAAAGAAAUACUUGAGAGGACACACAAGACUUCACACUGGCGAAAAACCUUUUUCCUGCUCAGUUUGUGGUCAAGGAUUCUUUCAAAAGCAACACUUACAAAGUCACGAAAGAACCCACACUGGCGAAAAACCUUUUUCCUGUUCAGUUUGUGGACAAGGAUUCAGUUGCAAGAGCAACUUGAAACAACACAGAAGAACCCACACUGGCGAAAAACCUUUUUCCUGCUCAGUUUGUGGUCAAAGAUGCAGUCUCAAGAGCAACUUAAAACGACACAUAAGAACCCACACUGGCGAAAACCCUUUUUCCUGCUCAGUUUGUGGUCGAGGAUUCUCUCAAAAGCAAUGCUUACAAAGUCACGAAAGAACCCACACUGGCGAAAAACCUUUUUCCUGCUCAGUUUGUGAUCAAAGAUUCAGUCAGAAGAGCACCCUAAAAAAACACAUAAGAACCCACACUGGCUAAAAACUUUUUCCUGCUCAGUUUGCGGUCAAGGAUUCUCUCAAAAGCAACACUUAAAAGUCACGAAAGAACCCACACUGGAGAAAAAUGUUAGGUUUUGUGUUGGUUUCCUCUUAGUGUGUCCCCGUGAUUGCCUAUUAAUUUCACCUGUUGUGCCUUCUCCUAGUUUAUCACUGAACUUGCAUCCUCCUGUGCUCACCUGUUCCUCGUUGCUUCGUUACCCCUUGUCUGCGUGUGUGUAUAUAGGCUCCCAGUUUCUUUUCAUUCCUUGUUGCGUCAUUGUCAAUGCCCAUGUGCUCGUCAAUGUCUGUGUUGGUGUCUGAGUCAAGCCCUGUCCAAGCCCUCGUGUAUCAGUCCCUCCGAUUUAAGUAAGUUUUGUUUGAAUCUUGCCCUUUUGAUCCCCAGUGC